AUGGCCAACGAACCCUCCAUUCCGGCACACCAAGCAGCCGUCAAACAAGAUGCGAGUGGCAAAAUUCAGCUCGAGCACCAUGCACCUGUUCCAGAACUACAACCCGACACGGUGCUGGUCAAAGUCGCAGCUGUUGCAUUGAAUCCCUACGACUACAAGUUACCCCUACAUUUUCCUUCCCCAGGAACGACUGGAGGCAGUGAUUUUGCUGGCACAGUAGUGAAGAUCGGUUCACAAGCAGCAAUCGAUCGUCCAGACAUCUCGAUUGGAGAUUUGGUCAGUGGGUGUGUCUAUGGCUGGCAUCCUGAUACACCUGAGAACGGAGCAUUUGCGAAUUACGUACGAGCAGAUGCGCGGUUGGUCUUUCGGAUAGGGGCUUUCAAGAUUGAAGAAGCAGCUACUUUCAAUGCGGCGUUUGCGACUUUGUGUCUGGCACUUUGGCACUCGGACGCCCUUGACUUGACUCAUAGCCCGACCGUCCCGAUUUCUGGUUCAUCAUUAGAGAAGCCAGAGUAUGUGCUCGUGUACGGUGGUAGCACUGCGAGUGGCACAAUGGCAUUGCAACUUCUCAAACUGUCUGGCUACUCUACGAUAGCCACAUGCUCGCCCAAGAACUUCGAUCUCGUCAAGUCAUACGGAGCAGACCAUGUCUUUGACUAUUCACAUCCCGACACUCCGUCUCAGAUCAAAACGCUGACAAGAGGGACAUUGAAGCGCGUGCUCGAUUGCAUUUCAGAUCAUCACGCUAUUACCGUAUGUCAUGAGGCAAUUGGCCGACUAGGGGGCCGACUUGUCAACCUUGAGCUAGCACCCGACCCCAGACCCGGAGACAAGAGACGCAGAAUAGUCAAACAUUACUUUGUAGAUGGUAAGUGUAGUAGAAAGCUACUAGCUUGUCCUCCAGGCUACAGGAGAGAGCCCAGCCGAGCGAAGCAUGAGUUUGCUGUCGAGAAGGCCGUCGAAUUCCAGAGAUUGAUGGAUGAACGCAGCUUGCGGCCUCAUCCAAUCCAGAUCGUCGAAGGAGGCCUCGAGGGGAUCGUCAAAGGCUUGGAGAUGCUGAAGAUAGGGGUUUCGGGAAAGAAGUUGGUCUUGCGGCUAAGCUGA